AUGACUCGUUCGAAACAAAAUGAAAAGAGAGUUACGACUCAUUCAAAAGGAAGUGAAAAGACUAUAAUGCCUGCUGUUCAAAACAAAGACCGUCAUCUUCAAAGGAAUGGAUUAUUGGAUCCAAGAGGAAUGCUAAAAAAGGAAGGAGGUGGUUCUCAUAAUUGGGGAAAACCCACGGACGAACUUGCGGAAUUGGAUGAACAUUACAAAUAUUUUGAUGAAAUGCCACAAUACGAUAAAGAAAAAGUUUUCAACACAAAUGCGGCAGAGACCAAUAGAGAAAUUGGCAAGUUAGGGAAAUUACAAGUUGUGAAACCGGAAGAAUUUGAAGCUCUUAACCGUGCAACCAAUUCCGUUGAUUCCGUUGAAACUGAACCUAAUAAAGGUUCUGUGGUAUUGAAAAAUAAAUAA